ACGACCCGGGGGCCCGGUCCCCCCCCCGCGCCCCUUCCUCAGCGCAAAGAAGCCCUUUUGCGCCAGCUGUUGGUGGCGGGGGGAGAGCCGGGAGCGCGCCGAGCCGGGAGGACGGGAGCGGCACCGCCGAGGCGCAAGCGGGGGACGCUGAUCGCAGCCGGAGGCGCCGGCCAAGUCAGCGCCAAGUUCACUGUCUGGCUUUUAAAGGAAAAGAAACAACACAAAGAAAUUCUGACAGUGUUGUUUUUGAUGUCAGCUGACUAGGUUGGGGGGCAAAACGCCAGUGGAGAUUUUUGGAACGUAACCUCAGCAUACGACUUUACUCUCCAAGCCAGGCCAGGAUGGAUUUCCUGCGGACAUGUUAGGGCGUUUGCAGCAAAAUCCGGUUCAGCCCAAGCACGAACCCUUACAGAGGCAGAUCAAAAGUUGCAGGAUGACCGAUGAGCCCCUCAAAGAGAUCUUGGGAGGUUCCAAAUGUCUUCAGUGUGCUACGCUGGAGAAGAGCAACAACAACGACGGUAGGGGGGCAGCUGUCCCGUUAGUGAGUGAAUGCCAGCUCACAGCCGCCACGGGGGGAAACGAACUCUCCUGUUACCGUUGCACAGUCCCUUUUGGCGUGGUGAUCCUCAUUGCCGGAGUGGUGGUCACUGCCGUGGCUUAUAGCUUCAACUCCCAUGGAUCCAUCAUCUCUGUGCUGGGGUUGGUCGUCUUAUCAUUCGGACUUCUUUUGCUGGCUUCGAGCGCAUUGUGCUGGAAGAUCAGACAGAGAAGCAAGAAGGCAAAGAGGCGAGAAAGCCAAACCGUUCUCGUUGCAAAUCAGCGAAGCCUGUUUGCUUAAAAAAAUGAAAACUCCAAACAAAAAGGCUGGGAGAGAGGAUGGAUUGUUAAAUGGACACACCUAUUUAUUUGCAGUUGGGUUGCGGGAUAUUUUUAUUGAUGGCUGAGUUGGGAUUAUACAGAUAACAGCUAGAAGACUCUCUCAGAGGCUGGAAAUCAUUGGUAUCUGUUUUUCCACACAUUAAUCUCAAAACACACAAGUAGUUGGUUUUUCAUGCUCUCGGUGGGGGAGGGGGAAUCUGCUGGUUACAUUGUAGUGUGGGAGAGACCAAACUUCCAAGCGGGAAAGCCGAGAGUCGGAAACAGGACUACGACCGGCAAUGUACAAAAGUAUGUCAGCCCACAGGAACAAGAUAAGGGGAAUUCAGGAGAUAGUUUGAGCCAUUAUGGAACUAUAUAUUUACAGGUAUACACAAGUAACAAAAUCUCAGUGGUGGCAGUUCUCAUAGAAAAGCAAUUUGUGGGAGGAGAUUUGGAGCAGAGAAAUUGCAGAUGAACAAAGGUCCAGUACUUCCCCUUUCCAAGCCCCUCAAAUUUCCUUCUUGAAGCUGCUUUUCUCUAGGAAAUUUGAUGGGGGGGGGGAGUUGUUAUACAAAAAUAUAUAUAGUUCUCAAUGAAGGCUUGUCUUGAGGUAUAAAGAUAGCUGUUUUCCACACUGCACACAAUGUUGACAGACCAACAUUUCAUAGAUCAGGUGAGGGCCCAGGGCCUCCCUUAUAACCCCGCCCCCUGCCCAGUUUUCACGCCAAAGACUGCUGUCCAGCCACCACCACCUCUGCUUAAUAACGUUUUUUUUCAUCUGAUACUAAUUUUAUUUUCCAGUAGACUGCCGUGCAGUGGUCAAGAAGACUGGAAAAAGCAAAUGCUUGUUUUGACAAAAAGGAAUACAUAAUUGCGUUGUGUUGUAUCGUUUAAAAAUACGACUGCCGUAUGUGAAUGGGUAGGCCCUGCAUGGCACCUUGGUGUUCAUGCACAGGCCCUGAUGUGCAGGACACUUGAGAUGAGAUGCGAACAGCCACCUACUUGGCAUGUUAGCUGCUAGAGACCCUGGUCAAGAGCUGGACUCCGAAUGACGAGCGUUGCUCUGAGUUCAGCUCCUGAAAUUAGACUUGCCCUAACCCACUUUGUGCCUUCUCUUGUCCCCGCCCCUUUGCAUGUAUCCCAAGGUGUAAGAAAAAAUGUGGACAAAUUCGAAGUAUAUUGUCAGUAAUACCUAUAACAAGAUCAGGCCUGGCCUGGCCCCACAGGUGCUGGAAACUGGCACCUGAGUAAUAUGUAUCAGCCAAGCAGGGCUGCCCCGUUAUUCUUCGGCAGACGACAAGCUGGCCCAUGGCUUUGAUCGACGCAGGUUCUUGAGAGAGCGACAGCGGCGUCAGCCACUCCUGCGCUGUCAGCUCCGCUCUCCCUCGUGUUCCUGUGCGGUUUUUCAGUGGUACUUUUCAAAGAGUAGUAUUCAACUUUUUAAAAUGUAUUGGGAGGUGGGAGGGUUGGCUAUUGUCUAGGCAGGUUGCUAUCUGUAAUAUUUUUGUACAAAGUAAACUGCAAGGUAUGUAUAGCUGAAAAAGUGACCUUUUUGUACAUUAAAUACUGUAACAUGGUCUGACUUGGCACUUUGA